CAACUAGGAACGCUGGCCCCCGCAAAAGCUUGCACCGGUUUUCAUGGUCGACGGCCGUCGGGGAUCGUCGCAAGAACAGAAAACCACGAUGCUCCGCAGAUCAUCCAACCUCUAUAUCUUCCUCUUCCUUCACUACCAAACUCUAAACCUAACGCUAACUUCCUGCGCCAUCUCUUCUACGCCACCGCCGCUCAACGUUUCCCACUAUCUCUACCCCAGAUCCACCUUCGUCCUAUUCUCUCAACCUCCGGCUUCUACUUCUAAGCCUUCUCUCUUCUUAAAGGCUAUAUUGGAAUCGAUUGCGAAGAGGGAGGGAUGGGACUUGGAGGGCCUCAGGGUUUCGAAACUGAAUGCUAAGAGAGCCAUGUAUGGCAGUGUGAGGAAUAAAGAGUUUGGGGCUAGGUUGGGGAAGACUGAAAUCGUCUUCAAGGUGUUCGAUCAAGUGCCCAAGUGGACCAAGUUUGAGUCUUUGGGGAAGAGGAAUUGGUCUGAUUUUGAGUGUCUGGUUAAAGAGGCUGGAUCCAAUGCGGUUCUUGAUGGAUUUAAGAUUGAAGGUCCCUUGGAAUUGUAUGCUGCUGGAGAUGAUGAUAAUUUCACACUUAAUUUGCCGUCAAACACUUCAGUUCCUGGCUUGAAACAAAUACUUGUAAGUGAAGGCAUGACAUUAGAAGUGGAAGGUGCUGAAGAAAUAACUGUGUUCCAUACUCCGGCUCCAAACGGCCCACCAUAUGGGAAUGCUUUCACUGAUUUGAGGAGCAAGUUACACUCGUGUUUAUCGUCACUCCCUAUCCAUGUUAGAGGGCCUGCAUUUGUAACUGUCUACAGGACUCAUAACCCCAAUUCAACUAUAGAAACCAAUUUUUUAUCUGGAGACACGAUUGAGUUGCUUCCAGACAAGUGUUAUACAGGAAAUGUGCACAGAAAACAGAGUUCUGUGUUUGAUUCUCUUAGCCGGGGUGCAACAUUACUGGAAAAGGCUGUGAAGAGCUUUUUUGGUGGUAGAAACGACAGAAAAACAGGGUUUGGCCUGAAAAUCAGAAUCAAACCGUCCAUUGUUGUUCGGUUCCAGAUGGAAUUGGAGAGAAAUAUCACCGGUAAUGACACUCAGUGGAGUACGUUAGGUGAGUGGAGGACAAGGCCGAACGCUGAACGUGUUUGGUUCGAGGUGGUGGCUGGAAUCAGGGAAGGGUGGUUAUUGAAGCCACUAACAGUGAGGAAAUUCCGGCCUUAUGCCGAAGUAGAUUCGCUGUCAUGGAGCAGUUUGAUGUCAAAUCUUUCCUUCACAAAGUUUCCGUCUGUCAUUGUUCCUCCAGAGCAUCUGACACUGGAUGUCAAGUGGUGAAAAAAAAGGUUAGAAUACUUUCCUUUUUUGGAUUCCCCACAUUGUAGAAGUUUCACAUAGUUUACUUUCCCCUGUGAAAUGCUGCAAAAGUUGACUUGUACAAAUAUAGACUCUUGUAAAUGGAGUAAGAAAUAGCAAGACGCAUCUUUUCUUUUUAGCUAUGGAAAAGUGUAUUAGACUUGCAGUUGAUUAAAGAUGUCACUUUUAG